GUGCCGGAAGAGUAUGGCUUAAAGGAAGCUCUGAAGCCCUUACUUUUUUUUUCUAGACUAUAAUUUUAUUCAUCAAGGCAACUUUUACUCAUCUUUUCUGAUCAAGUGCAUAUAUCGAACGGGGAGAUUUCUCCAGAGGCACAGUGCUGAAGGGGCUCAGGGAUGUAGGAAGAAUUUGUGGUGCACUGUACGCCUUGGAAGAAGGUGAGCAGUGAGCCAUGGAUACACGGAUCUUCCCAAAGCCAGUUACGGGGCUGAUGAACACUUGGGCCAUACAACUCCUCGCUUUCUUUCUUCUACUUCCAUACACACAGGUCACUGGCACCAUCUUUGAAGAUUUGAUGUAUAAACAUGCUGAAUAUAAAGAAAACUGUACCAGAACCCUGGCAGCCACCUUACUCAAUGUAACUGGAAUAUACUGCAACGGGACGUUAGAUGUUUUUGCCUGUUGGCCACAUUCAUAUCCUGGGAAUAUAUCAGUGCCCUGCCCUCCAUAUUUACCAUGGAUUGAGGAAGGUUUUUCAGGAAAUGUUUAUAAAAUAUGUACUGCCAAUGGAACCUGGAAAACAGAAGAGAAUUCCAGCAUUAUCUGGCAAGAUAAGUCUGAAUGUAAAGAUCCAGGCUUUUUCGAAUAUAAGGAAGAUGAGUUAUUUCAAAAUUUGAUCUUGAGGAUCGUCUCAUUAAUUGGCUACACGUUGUCCUUAUUCAGCUUGAUUCUAGCCGUGCUUAUCAUGGGCCUGUUAAGGAAGCUUCACUGUACUAGGAACUACAUCCACAUGAACCUCUUUGUGUCCUUCAUGCUUAGAGCUAUGGCGGUUAUUAGCAAGGAAAUCAUAAUGUACAUCACAUACUCCACCAAGCCUGAUGAUGAAGCUGGAUGGAACAGCUAUCUGGAUUCUACGAAAGGCCUCCUCUGCAAAGCCUCCAAAGUGUCCAUGCAGUAUUUCGUGACCUGUAAUUACUUCUGGCUCCUGGUGGAAGCGAUUUUCCUUCAUACUCUCCUCUUUACUGCUAUGUUGACCAAGCGGAGGCUGCUGAAGAGAUACAUGCUGGUAGGAUGGGGGACUCCAUUCCUGUUUGUGAUACCUUGGACAGUGGCUAAAGCUCUGUAUGAAAAUAAAGGUUGCUGGGUCAUCACUAACAAAUGGAUCUGGUGGAUUAUUAAAGCUCCAAUUACACUGUCAGUUUUUGUCAUUUUUUGUAUAUUUAUCAGGAUCAUAAAACUGCUAAUGUCAAAAUUACAAGCUGAUCAAUUAAGGUGUACAGACUACAGAUACAGUUUAGCCAGAGCAACCAUGGUGUUGAUUCCAUUGCUUGGGAUCCAUGAAAUUCUUUUUAUGAUCCUCAUAGAUGAAUCUAUUGAGGGACAGCAUCUCUACGUGCGAAAUUUCAUCAAUUUAACCCUUAGUUCAUUUCAGGGAUUCUUGGUUGCUAUUCUGUACUGUUUUGCGAAUGGAGAGGUGCGCGCUGAGCUAAAAAACAGGUGGCAAGUGUUUGUCUCCAACCACAUGGAGGAUCACAACUGCUUCACGUGCAUGCACCCCAAAUAUUUAUGGAAAAAGUCACUGAAGGGAACUGGACGCCCCACAGAACACAGCGACUCAUAUGAGGAGCAAAGCCAUGCCCCUACACAGACCCAGCUCACUCAGGUGACCAUCCAAUCAAGUGCAGAGUUGUCCUGUGGACAGUGUGUAGGUCUGGAGCUCUCCAUAAGGAAGAGUCUGUCCAGCAGUGAUGGUGACAUGACUUUCGGUGAGACCAUGGAGGAGAUCGUGGAGAAGAAUCUGUUUUAACUUCCUCCCAGUUGUGACUCUUUCAUGGACCAGAGCUGGUGAAUUAUUUCAAUAAA